AUGACAAAGAAGGAUCAACGUGGCUUAAUGUUCCUUAUUGAAUUCUAUCAACAUUUCCAGGCCUUAAGGUUUGCAGUGGAGGAGAUAAACAAAAACCCAGCCCUCCUUCCUAACAAGACCCUGGGUUUCUAUGUCUAUGACUCUUGUGCAGCUCUUAGAAGGGAGAUAGAGGGAACACUGUGGAUUCUGAGUGGUAGGAGCCAGGAAAUACCCAACUAUUGCUGCAGACAAAAUCCUCCUCUAGCUGCUAUCAUCGGCCACUCAAAGUCCACCUAUUCCAUCCUCAUGGCUCACAUCCUAGGAUUGUACAAAUAUCCACAGAUCAGCUACUAUUCAACCAGCUCUCUCUUGAACGACAGAACGCUCUUCCCCUCCUUUUUCAGAACCGUCCCAAGUGAUGCCUUUCAGUUCAAGGGACUGGCAAAGUUGGUGCUGCAUUUCAAGUGGACAUGGGUGGGGCUGAUAGCUACUAAUGAUGAUUAUGGUAAUGAGGCAAUAAAGAUCAUCACUCAGGAAAUAGUAAAAGAAGAAGCAUGUGUUGCCUACACAGUAUACAUCACAUCCAACCUGGUCUCCAGAACAAUAACAAACAUUGUAAAUAUUAUAAAGGAGUCAAGUGCAAAUGUGGUUAUAGCCAUCUCGGUUGGUGCUUACUUAGCUCCACUUCUGGAUGAGAUGAUUAAACAGAAUGUAACUGGGAAGAAUUUUGUUGCCAGUGAAGCUUGGUCCAUUUCAAACCUUUUAUCAUCAGCAAAAUACUCCCCCAUUCUCUCUGGAACUAUUGGUUUUGCUUUUCAAAGCUCAACAAUUCCAGGAUUUCAAGACUAUCUCAAUGUCAUUAAUCCUUACAACACCCCAGGCAUAACCUGGGUACAAAUGCUCUGGGAAGAAACUUUUGGUUGUACAUUUUCUGUCCUGACCAACCAAACUAUGGCCAUGAAUAAUAUUAAAAAAAAAUGCACAGGAGAGGAAAGUCUAGAAGGCAUUCAAAAUGCCUAUAAUGAUGUGUCCAAAUUAAGAGCUUCCUACAAUAUCUAUACUGCCAUGCAUGUAAUUGCCCAAGCUCUGCAUGACUUCAGCCAAUGCCAGCCAUUAUUUGAAGAUUAUUGUUCAGAUUCAGGAAGUUUCAAACCACAUCAGUUACUACAUUAUUUUAAGAACGUCCGGGUAAAGCUAAGCAACAAUAGGGAUGUUUUCUUUGAUAAGUAUGGAAACCCACCAGCUGUAUAUGAUAUAGUCAACUGGCAGGUUGGGUCAGAUGGUUCCAUAAAACAUGUGAAAGUUGGAAGCUAUGACACUCUGAAUUCUUCUGGAGAUAUAUUUAGCCUUGAUACAAGUUCACUAAGUUGGGGGACAGUAAAUCAGGAGACUCCACGUUCUGUGUGCAGUUACAAUUGUCCAAUAGGGUUUAAGAAAUUAAUAAGGAAGGGAGAACCUGUGUGCUGCUAUCAUUGUGUUCCCUGUGCUGAAGGAGAGGUCUCUAAUCAGACAAAUUCCAUUGAGUGUUGGAAGUGCCCCUGGAACAUGUGGCCCAACAGUGCUAGAGACAAAUGCUUUCCUAAACCCAUUGAGUUCCUUUCCUAUGAAGAUCACCUGGGGUUGACCCUAGCAGCUACCAGUGCUUUCUCCUCUAUGGUGCCAAUGUCUAUUUUUCGUCUUUAUAUUAAUUAUAAAGACACCCCAAUUGUGAGAGCCAAUAACUAUUCAGUGAGUUGUAUUCUCUUAGUAUCGCUGUCUUUCUGCUUCCUCUCUGCUUUGGCUUUCAUUGGUUACCCCCAACCUGAGAAAUGUCUUCUACGUCAGGCUGCAUUUGGCCUUGUCUUUGCCCUCUGUGUAUCCUGCAUUUUGGCCAAAACUAUUAUUGUUGUUUUUGCCUUCAUGGCCACUAAACCUGGGAGCAGCCUCAAAAAAUGGACAACUCCACGUGUGCCCUACAUGAUCAUUACUAUCUGUACCCUUGUACAAUUCAUUAUGUGUGUUACUUGGUUUUCUAUCUUUCCUCCUUUCCCACAAUACAAUACUGAAGCCAAACCUGGAAUCAUUGUUGUAGAGUGCGAUAAAAACUCUCAGUUUGCCUUUUGGUGCAUGCUGGGAUAUCUUGGAUUUUUAGCCUCUGUCAGUUUCACUGUAGCUUUUCUGGCCAGGAGGCUCCCUGACAACUUCAAUGAAGCCACAUUUAUAACGUUCAGUAUGUUGGCCUUCCUCAGUGUCUGGGUGUACUUUAUUCCAGCCUCUCUCAGUGCCCAGGGCAAAUUUACCAUUGCCAUGGAGGUGUUUGCUAUUCUGACUUCCAGCUGGGCCAUUGUGGUUUGCAUGUUCCUCCCAAAAUGUUUCAUUAUACUGUUUAGACCAGAAAAGAACUCCAGAGAAAACAUCAUGGGCAAAUGGAAAGGCACAAAAUAA